CUGCCUUGCGAUCGAUCUUUAGAGGGAGGCUGUGUGUGCCGACAUCGGGCUGGCCAUGCUAUUGCAAGGCUGAGAUCGGAGCUAUGCAGCGAGCCCCUCUCCUCCUGGCUGAAGGUUACCUGCUAUAAGAAGAGCUCCAUCCCCCCCAUCAGCAGUGACAGUGGCUCUGCGGACCCCUCUCCGCUCCCUCCCAUCUCGCCUUGGCGUUCCUUGCUGGAUGUGUAUGCAUGACUUCUGCACCGAAUGGGCGCAAAAAUCGCCCCAGGUCACAGGGAUCCAUCUUCCAGAUCGGCAGCAAACCUCUCCCCAGAGACCUUGAUCGCAGGGGGAGCUCGGAGAGCACCCUCAAAUCCCCGAGAGCCCUGGACCACUGCAAAAUGCUUGUCCAGGAUUUCAACACCCAGGUGGCUUUGUACCGCGAAUUAGUCAUUUCCAUCGGGGAUGUGUCAGUAAGCUGUCCCUCCCUACGGGCUGAAAUGCAGAAAACCCGAACCAAAGGUUGUGAGAUGGCUCUGCAAGCGCACCAAAAACUCGCAGCAAUCUCCGGAGCAGAAGAUGGGGAGAUCCACCCAGAGAUCUGCAGACUUUAUAUCCAGCUGCAGUGCUGCCUAGAAAUGUAUACAACUGAAAUGCUGAAAUCUAUGUGUCUUCUAGGCUCCCUCCAAUACCAGCGGAAAGGAAAAGAGCAGUGUGUUGGUCCAAAGAUAAUAGACUACAAAAUGGAUGAGAGUUCUGAAGUUCCAAUCUUAGAAGACACAUCAUCAUCCCCAGUAGAUGUCCAGCAGUGUUGGCAGGUUUCCACAGACAUUGACAACACAGAAAGGGACAUGAGGGAAAUGAAAAACCUCUUAAGCAAACUCAGGGAGACCAUGCCUUUGCCAUUAAAAAACCAAGACGACAGUAGCCUCCUCAACUUAACACCAUAUCCACUAGUCAGAAGAAGAAAGAAAAGAUUCUUUGGAUUGUGUUGCCUAAUCUCCAGUUAAAAAAUAAUAA